GGAAAGACAAUAGGUAAUGCUGAUGUCACUGGAGUUGACAUGUUCAACUUGUGAAUCUCGUUUUGUUGUUCAGACCUCAAGCGAGGUUGAUUUGGUAAAUGAUGGGUAUCGCUGGCGCAAAUAUGGGCAGAAACUAGUUAAGGGGAACACCAACCCACGAAGUUACUAUCGAUGCUCAAAUCCUGGAUGCCCUGUCAAAAAGCACGUUGAAAGGGCCUCUCAUGAUUCAAAAAUUGUGAUAACUACCUAUGAGGGACAACACGACCAUGAAAUCCCUUCUGGAAGGACUGUCACUAACAAUGCAGCUACAAGUUCUCACACAGUAGCCGUUAAUGGCAAGGCAGGAACAAAAUCUGGAGGUAAUUCCGUUUGUAUUGAUAAAGGGGAACACAGUUGCUUGGACUCGGCAAACAGAUUACCUGACCAACUAAAUGGAGAGUCAAUUACCAAAUCAAAGACUGGUGAUAUGGUUGAGUUUGGGAUGAUCUCUAAUGAGGGUCCUGACAGUAAAUUAAGUGAGCAAGAACAACAAAAUGAUAACUCAGAAAUCAAAGAUAAUUCUGUCGGCAACGACAUCAUAUGCCAUUCAGGUUCUGGAGUUCCAUGUAAAUCAAACGAACAGCUGAAAGAUGAGGUAAAAACUACAUCAGAAGGAAGUAAGGAUUGCCUUAAUGUGGUUGCCAUUCAUGAUACUCCUAAUACAGGAAGUGAAUUUAAUAAGCAAACCUCAUCUGAUGCCGAACCUGUCCAAAGCUAAACUUGCUAUACUUUUUCGAAGCUGCAGCUAGUUAAUGAAGACUAUACAUAAUUGGCAAUGACAUAGGUUAUACAGUGUAUAUUAUGAGAUUAUGGUUCCUGUUUCUUCACUAACCUUCACUGUACCUUCGAGCUCUGUCCUUGUCUUUGGGCAGAUUGACUAAAUAUGAAAAUCACAAUUAAUACUACAUUGGAUAUCAUUGCUUGUACACAAUAAUUAUUAGAAAUAAGUGAGUGAAGAUUUACAUUUUCGUAUACGUGUAUCUAAAAUUCUAAUUAGUCAAACAUUAAUACAUGUAAUUCUUGUUUUAUGCCUACUAAUGCUUUAAUCUGUCUUUCUAAAUGUAAAUAUAGAAAAUAUGUUGC